AAAAUACUAAUCCGUAUAAGAAACAGAAAGAGCAACCGAAAUUACUUUGCAACCUGUGAAUUUGCGGUACCACGGCGGUCCUUUUGUGCACUUGAAAGCACAGAAUCAUUUGACCAAAUGGGUGCAAAUAUAGAAAUGCUUCCAUCCCAUUCGAACGAGCAGUGACCGUAACAGUCGAGCUAAAGAAGAUGAGAAUGAUGAAGGAAGAAGCCAUAAGCUCCUCCGCGGAUCCAUUUGUUCCGCCCAAGUCUUCUUCUCCUCCGCCUAUAUCCACUCCAGCUGCUAGCUCUGCAGGGGCAUCUUCUCCUGCUGUUCCAAUGAAUGUUGGCAGCACAGAUUGGGCAGCACAUGGAUCAAAAGCAGGUUCCUUUUCCCGGGCUGGUUCAUUGCCCAUAGGGACUUCUUUGAGUGCCAGCGCUGGUGGUUCUGCUCUUGGAUCAUCACAGCCCUCAUGUAGACCCUGGGAAAGGGGUGAUCUACUGAGACGGCUCUCAACAUUCAAACCGACAGACUGGUUUGGAAAGCCUAAGGCUGCAGGGUCUCUGGCUUGUGCUAGAAGGGGCUGGAUAAAUGUGGAUGUUGAUAAGAUUGAAUGCGAGUCAUGUGGUGCAAGCCUCAGAUUUACUUCCUCUGCUCAUUGGACUCCCUCUGAAGUUGAUAUAGCUGGUGAUGACUUCUCAAAUAAACUUGAUGAUGGGCAUAAAGUCACUUGCCCAUGGAGAGGAAAUAGCUGUGCAGAAAGCUUGGUCCAAUUCCCUCCUACUCCUCCAUCUGCCCUAAUUGGUGGUUUCAAGGAUCGUUCUGAUGGACUACUUCAGUUCUCUUCCCUCCCUAUAGUGGCUACAUCUGCAAUUGAACACAUGCGAGUUUCUAGAGGUUCAGAAAUAGACUGUUUUCUAGCUCAAUCACAGGCGCUUGGAGGCGUUGAAACUUUCUUUAGGCCAGAGGGUUUGUCUGGAGAUGAGAACACCAGAGACAAUGUUUACUUUAUAUAUUCUCGCGCCCAGAAGCUCAUUAGCCUUUGUGGAUGGGAGCCUAGGUGGCUUCCAAAUAUUCAAGACUGUGAAGAGUAUUCAGCUCAGUCAGCCAGGAAUGGAUGUUCAACAAGUCCAACAAAAUAUUGUGGUCCUCCACAAGACCCUGGCCGCGGAAAGAUGGUGCUUUCUUAUUCAAAGAAAAAUGACACUUUCAGGAGAGAAGUGGCGUGCCCCAUAUCGAGAGGUGAAUCUAGGUCACCAUUGUUAGAUUGCAGUUUGUGUGGAGCUACAGUGAGGAUCCUGGACUUCCUUACAGUUUCACGUCCUGCUUGUUUUGCUCCCAAUAGUGUUGAUAUCCCUGAAACAAGCAAAAAGAUGGCAUUGACACGAGGGGUUAGUGCAGCAAGUGGAAUAAGUGGGUGGGUUGCUACUGAUGGUAUAGAAAAAGAGCAGACAGGAGAUCACGAUGAAGCUGCAACAGAUGAGAGAAGGUCGCUGUCGAAUUAUGGCGUUGACCUAAAUCUUACAAUUGCUGGCGGGCUUUCCUCACAAGUACGGAAGAAUUUAGGCUCUGACCAAUUCCAAGAUGUGAAUAAGAAAAGAGGUUCAAUGAUGGGACAACCAUGUAGCAGUGAGGUUGGUAACCGUGCUGCUUCAUAUGAAUCACGCGGUCCUAGUUCUCACAAGCGUCAUUUAGAGGAACGUGGAAGCACCGCUGACAGGCCACAAUUGAUUUUACAACAAGCAGACAGUGCCGAAGGAACAGUAAUAGACCGGGACGGAGAUGAAGUAAAUGAUGAAAGCCAGUACUCUGCUGGUCCUUCGAAACGCCCCCGUGAGUCAUAUCCUCUAGAAUUUUAUCAUUCAUCAUAUGGGAAAAGUGUUGCUCCUAUACUGUCAAUUGGUUUUGAGGUUGGAACGGAUGCCCAAAGAGACGACCCUUUCAACCAAGUCCAUGACCAGGUUUUCGGUUUCCCAUCUAGGAGAGAUUCAACACGUGUUUCAUCUGUUAUUGCUAUGGACACAUUUCAUAGUGCUGAUGGUGAUUCAAUGGAAAGUGUGGAAAACUAUCCAGGAGAUGUUGGUGAUAUCCAGUUCCCUUCAACAUCGGGUGUAAAAAGCACUGAUCCCUUUGAAAUGUCCGAUUUAAACUAUAGCAAUCAAGCACAACAGAGUGCCUGUCCUGCUAUGGCUAUUAGGAGUGCUGUUGAUAUUGGUGUUAGUAGCACCAACGAUGAGGAAGUAUUAAAUGCAGAUACUGCGACUGCUCAUGUGAGGGAUGGCUUUAGUUUUGGAAUUAGUGGAGGGAGCAUUGGAAUGGGUGCCAGUCAUGAAGCUGAAAUUCACGGGAUGGAUAAUUCUGUGCAUAGAACUGAUAGUGUUGUUGGUGAUGUGGAACCGGUUGCUGAAGUCACAGAAAAUGAGGGUCAAACAGGUGAAUACGGUCCUGAUCCUGGUCUUAUGGGUGACUAUGUGCCAGAGGGGAUGGACCGAGAGGAUCCUCAUGGUGAUAGUCAAGAUCUAACAUCUCGAUCAGUGGGAAGAGCUGACAGUGGCUCAAAAGUUCUUGGCUCAACCAAGGAAGAAUCCAUUGAAAGUGCUGAAAAGACUGAUGUCAGGCAUGCCAUGCCUAAUAAUAGUCUACACCCCUCUCUUUCUUGCAAUGCUAUUUUAUUAUCUGUGCAUGAUACAUCAAAGGAAGAGGUUAACCAGGCUGCCGAUGCACUGGCUACUGAAGAUGGUGGAUAUGUGGUGGAGUCAGGCUUAGUAUUUACCAAGGGGACAGGUCCUCCCAAUGGAGGAAGCGGAUAUAAAGAAGCCGUUGAAUUUGAUCCUGUUAACCACCAUAACCCUUUCUGCCCUUGGGUCAAUGGGAAUGUUGCAGCAGCUGGGUGUACCAGUAGUGGUGGCUCCAGCUCUAGUGCUGGCGCUCUUGCUCUUUGCGGCUGGCAACUAACUUUGGAUGCUUUGGAUUCUCUUUCAAUUGGAAAUGUUCCGAUUCAAACUGUGGAGUCUGAAUCAGCUGCUUCUUUAUAUAAGGAUGAUCAUCGAUCUGCUGGCAAAAAACUCAUGACUCGAAACUCAUAUAGCAAAACCCAUGGGGGAAACUAACUGGAGUCUCUAAAUGAGUUCAAACCUGGUACUCUGAUUCACUAUUUUAAUUUUUUCUAAUCCAUAAACAAGUGUGUUUUUUGAGUUUUCUGGAUAUAAUUGUAUAUGGUUCUAUUACACUUUUACCAUUCCAUGCAAGAUGUGAUUUUGUCUUGGUGGUUGCUCAUUGAUAUUACUCUAUGGAUCAGAGUAUUGAACUUGAAGUUUACUGGAUAAGUUGAAAAGUUUAGAUACAAGUGCUGAACUCUUUUCUUUAAACUCCAUAUGACUAGAUUCAAUGAUUUAUGCCUGUGUGAACUCUACCUAAUAUCUCUGUGUUUUUGCUCCAUUGCCCUUUUUUAAGAAGUAGUGAGAUAAGUGGUAGAUUAUGCAAAAUUUCUAAGUUUACAAAAAAAAAUGAAUAUGGCAGGAGUAUAUAUUAAGAACUCAGUAACUCAUCAAUUAACAACCUGGUGCAUGGCUUGUAAGAAUUUGCUCUUUUUAUAAAAAAGAAUUGAGCAUUCAGUAAUUUCUAAGAUUACAAAAAAUGAAUUUGGCCGUUGCAUUUAUUAAGAACUUAGAUAACUUAUCACUUAGUUAACUUAUCAAUGCAGUCCGGUGCAUUUCAUUAAUGCUAUAAGAUUUUGCUUUUUGUAUGCUUAAGUUGAGCAUUAACUUAUCCUUUGGUUUGGAUUCAGGAUUUUGGGGGUCCUGCCCUGAUAUAUUGAACGAUUUAUUCUCUUGUGAUGUUCUGUCGACAACAAGAAGAUGCCCUUUUUAUGUUACUGCUGCGUGGAUGUAUUCUCUUUAGCAAAUCUGACUGACUGCAAUCCUUGUUCAGUUUCUUCUCUCUAAUUUAUUUUAUUUUAUUUCUUUAUAGCUUAAUCAAUAAUAUCUCUUGUAGAAUGGCAAUACCAAUGUAGCAUGGUAAUUGUCCGCAUGGUGGAAAAUUUGAUAAUGGUAAUUUAUAGGAACAUUGAGAAACUAUUGUCAUUGAUUCAGUAUACCGGCGUAGGCAUUUUUCGUCUCUUUAGUUAAAAUAAACUAUCUUCGUUAGCUCAAGGAACAUACCAAAACUCGCAUUAGUAUAGCUUAUUGUAUUUCAAUCAGAAACAAUUCUAUCUCGUUAUACUAUAACUCUAUAAGGUUAUAGUUAUUACUUUACUAAAAACACAUAUGUAUUGAUUUUGAUAAUAAUAUAUUGUGUAUUGAUUCAA